AUGUCAUCGUCAGAAGAAAUCGCUAAAAGUGCACGUAAGGCAGGUAAUGUAUUAAAGACCUUGUCUAAUGAGCAACGUUCUGAUAUCCUAUUCAAGAUUCAUGACGGUUUAAAAGCUAACAAAGAUAUUAUAGAAAAAGCCAAUAAGAUUGAUUUGCAAGUUGCUGAGGAAACAGGCUUGUCUUCCUCUUUAGUUAAGAGAUUGGACUUGUUUAAAGGUGAUAAAUUCGAGUCAAUGUUGGAAGGUAUUAAAGAUGUAGCUAAUUUAGAAGAUCCUGUAGGAGUUGUCAAAAUGGCUAGAGAAUUGGAUGAAGGUUUAACUUUAUAUCAGUUGACUGCCCCAGUUGGUGUGAUAUUGGUUAUUUUCGAAUCUCGUCCUGAAGUUAUUGCAAAUAUCACUGCUUUAAGUAUUAAGUCAGGUAAUGCCGGUAUCUUAAAAGGUGGUAAAGAAUCUGUAAACACAUUCAGAGAAAUGGCUAAAAUUAUUAAUGCUAUUAUUGAGGAAAAUGAAAGCAUCACUGGUGUCCCAGUUGGAUCUGUUCAAUUGGUUGAAACCAGACAAGACAUAUCCGAUUUAUUGAAUCAAGACGACUAUAUUGACUUGGUUGUUCCUCGUGGUUCAAAUGCAUUGGUUAAACAGAUUAAAUCAUCUACCAAAAUUCCUGUUUUAGGUCAUGCUGAUGGUAUCUGCUCUGUAUAUAUUGAUGAUAAAGCUGAUCUAGAGAAGGCUAAAAGAAUUUCUCUUGAUGCUAAAACAAAUUAUCCAGCUGGAUGUAACGCUAUGGAAACUUUAUUAAUCAAUCCACAUUGCACUAACUGGUGUGAUGUUAUAAAUAACUUGAUUCUAAAUGGUAAAGUUACUGUGCAUCUAACCAAGGAAGUUAAGGACUCUUACUUCGAUUGUUUAGCUAAGUCAAAUCUAUUGAAUGAUGAAAUAAAAUCCCACGUAGUUGACGUUGAUGAAACAAAAGAUUUUGAUGGAGAAUUCUUAUCUUUAGACUGUGCAGUUAAAUUUGUCAACUCAACUGAAGAGGCAAUUAGACAUAUUAACGAACAUUCCUCAAAGCACACAGAUUCCAUUGUCACUGAGGAUGAAGCUCAUGCCAAUCUAUUCUUAAAAGGUAUUGACUCAUCUGGUGUUUAUUGGAACGCCUCUACCAGAUUUGCCGAUGGGUUCAGAUAUGGUUUUGGUACUGAAGUUGGUAUUUCUACUUCAAAAAUUCAUGCCCGUGGUCCAGUUGGUCUAGAUGGCUUAGUUACCUAUCAAUACCAAAUCAGAGGUAAUGGUCAAGUUGCUGGUGAUUACUUAGGUGCUGGUGGUAAGAAGGCCUUCAUUCACAAAGAUAUAGAUAUUAAAACUGUUAACUUGUAG